CAUUUUAGAAUAGAAUAGAAUAGAAUAGAAUAGAAUAGAAUAGAAUAGAAUUUUUUAUUGGCCAAGUGUGACUGGACAUACAAGGAAUUUGCCUUGGUGCAUAUGGUCUCAAUGUAUGUAAAAGAAAAGAUAUGUUCAUCAAAAAUUCUAAGCUUAAUGAUAGUCAUAGGGUACAAAUAAGCAAUCAGGAAACAAUAUCGAUAUAAAUUGUAAGGAUACAAACAGCAAAGUUACAGUCAUACAGUCCUAAGUGGAAGGAGAUGGGUGAUGGGAACGAUGAGAAGAUUAAUAGUAGCACAGAUUUAGUAAAUAGUUUGACAGUGUUGAGGGAAUUAUUUGUUUAGAAGAGUGAUGGCAUUCGGGGGGAAAACUGUUCUUCUAGUUGUUCUGAUGUACAAUGCUCUAUAUUCAAUUCAGUUGGAAUUGAAACCGUUUAUGUCCAGGAUGUGAGAGAUCUGUAAAUAUUUUCACAGCCCUCUUUGACUCGGGCAAUAUACAGGACCUCAAUGGAAGGCAGCAGCUGCCCAGGGAAACCAACGCUCAAACUCCCUGGAGUCCUCGGGAGCGAGUCUGGUUACUAGGACUCCGGCGCUUCGUUUGUUGUGUAUCCAGCGGAAACUGCAACACGAGCUCUAAAUGGCGUCACAAAGCCCGGCCGUGACUCGCGUGUCUGCAUUGGUCUUGGUGUAACGAAGAGAGGCGAGUUUUCGCGGGAAUCUUUUCUGUCAUUGGGCAAUCCGGGCACGUUAAGAGGCGGAACGGAAUCGAUGUUUGCAGGUGGUUUGGUUUGUGUGGUUUCUUGAACAAGUGAACCAACCCAGCUUCUGUAGGAUAAUGGCAUCUGGAUUCAAAAAACCAGGUUUGAGUGGCACCCAUCGUCGGAGAAGUAGUGGGUUAAAACAUGAACUUUCUGAAGAUCAGAAGCAGGAGAUCAGAGAAGCUUUUGAUUUGUUUGAUACUGAGGGGUGCGGUAGCAUUGAUGUCAAAGAACUGAAGGUUGCAAUGCGUGCUCUUGGUUUUGAGCCAAAGAAAGAAGAAAUUAAAAAGAUGAUAGCAGACGCUGGGAAAGAUGGAAGCAUCACCAUAAACUUUGAAGACUUUUUAGCAAUGAUGACCACAAAAAUGAAUGAAAAAGAUUCUAAAGAAGAAAUUCUGAAAGCUUUCCGACUUUUUGAUGAUGAUGGUACAGGCAAGAUUUCCUUUAAAAACCUAAAGCGAGUUUCCAAGGAACUUGGGGAAAAUUUAACGGAUGAAGAACUGCAGGAAAUGAUAGAUGAAGCUGAUCGUGAUGGAGAUGGAGAAAUAAAUGAGGAAGAAUUCUUGAGAAUCAUGAAGAAGACCAAUCUAUAUUAAUGGUUCUUUACCUUUAAAAAUGACUGGAAAAAUUAUAAACAUGUUUAUUGUUUUAUAAUGUACAAAAAGGGUAUCUGGUUGGGAGGGAUUUUUUAAAUCAGAAACUUAUACCAUUGUGACGAAGUUAUGAUUCAUGCAUGCUAGAAAGCUUGUUGCACCUAAGAAAACGGUUAUUUUCUGGUUAUUUAAGGGAGAUGAUAAAACUAUUUUUGAGAAUAAAGUUAUACCUUAAUAUGCAUGCAUUGUAUCAUUUGGCACGUACAGUUAAAUACAAAUUUGCUUUAUCUGGCCACAAAAGGUUUAAAUAAUGACUAAGCUACAGAUAGUCCCCGAUUUACAACAGUUUAUUUAGUGACCGUUUCAAAGUUACAGUGGCACUGAAAAAAGUGACUUGUGACCAUUUUUCACACUUACAGCCCUUGUAGCAGCCUUAUGAUUAUGUGAUCAAAAUUAAGAAUCUUGGCAACUGGUUCAUACUUAUGACGGUUGCAGUGUCCCGGGGUCAUGUGAUCACCUUUUGUGAUCUUUUGAUAAGCAAAAUUGAUGGGGAAACCAGAUUUCACUUAACCACAGCACUAACUUAUCAACUGCAGUGAUUCUCUUAACAAUUGUGGCAAAAAUGUUGUAAAAUGGGGUAAAACUCACUUAACAAAUGUCUCACGUUACAACAUAAUUUUUAAGCUCAAUUGUCCUAAAUCCAGGAACACCUGUAGUAGUUUUUCUGCUCUGUAUUGCUAUAAGCAUCGAAGUCAGAAGUCUAAUUUUAUGAAAAAGAAUAGUGAGGGGUAAUUAAGAAACAUUAAGUGAAUUGGACAUCUGUGUGAGUGUCUGUGUGUCUGGGUCUGUCUGAGUCUGAACCCCUUUAAGUCAAUGUUGACUCCUGGUGACUGCUUGAACAAGUCCCUGCAGUUUUCUUAGCAACACUUUCAGAAGUCUUCAAAAAGAGGAAAAAACUGUAUCCAGAAAACUGCAGACCAACCACCUUGUCAUCAACACCUGAGAAAAUCCUGGAAAUGAUAAACAGUGGAUUUUUGCACAUUCUAGAAAUUAGCAAAGUAAUUACUAGAAGCCAGCAUGCUCAUGUUCGGCAUGACUUGCUUUUAACCCACCUUACAAUGUCUUUGCUGAUAAAGUGACUAAAUUAGUGGAUCAGGCAAAUACUGUGGAUAUAAUAAACUUAGAUUUCAGUAAGGCAUUUGAUAAUGUAGAUCAGUGCUAGUGGCCCAUUUCAACACCGAGUGCUGAAAUGGGAGUGUGCGCAUGUGCCGAAUACUGGAAGAGCAGCCUCCUGGUGUGCAUACGUGUGCCAGGAAGAUGAUUUUCUGGUUUCUGACAUGCACAUGCACAUCAGCCACCUGGUCUUCUGGUUUCUGGUACGCAUGCGUGCGCGAAGACCAAUAUGCACGUGCCAGAACCCGGAAGAUCAUCUUCCCAGUGCGUGCAUGCACACUGGCCAGCUGCUCUUCCAAUUUCUAGCACUCCCAUUUGUGUGAGAACCAGAUGGCCAGCGCGACAGAACCCGGAAGAGUAAUGGGUGACGGCUUGCGUGCCCGGAGAGAUGGAUCUGUGUGCCACUUCUGGCAUGCGUGCCAUAGGUUUACCAUCACAGAUGUAGAUCAUAGCCUACUUGUUGAUAAGAUAGGACAAUGUGGGAUAUACUGGAUCACCACCAGAUGUGUUUGCAGUUGGCUGACCAAAUGCAUUCAGCAUAUAUUCAACAACUACAUGGAAAGAAUGCAUUCAACAACUACAUGGAAGGAAGCAUGUGGUGGAGUAUCUCAUUGUUCUGUCUUGGGCUCACUGCUCUUCAACAUCUUCAUAAAUGAUCUAGAUGAGGGAAUAGAAGGGGUGCUCAUCAAAUUCGCAGAAGAUUUUGGAAGAUAAAAUUCAGAAGGAGCUUGACAGACUUGAACACUAGGCUCUAUCCAAAAAAAUGCAAUUCAGUGGUGAGAAAAGUAAGGUCUUACACUUAAGCAAGAAAAAACAUGCAGAGGUAUAGAAUAGGUGGUACCUGGCUCAAAAGCAGUAAUUGUGGAGAGGGAUCUUGCUGUCUUAGUUGAUGACCACUUGGGUUUGAGCCAGGGGUGAAAUGCUCCCGGAUUGGACGGGAUCGCGUGAUCCGGUAGCGAUGGCGGCUGCUGGUUCGGAGGACUGGUAGCAAAAAUCCCUGGCCCCGCCCCCCCUGCCUCUGCUGAGCUGCACCAUCAGCAGAGGUUUUUUUUUUUUUACUUUUAAAAGCCGGUUUUGCUUCAGCCGAAACCUGCCUUUAAAAGUAAAAAAAAGCCUUUGAGGAUCCCGCCCCUCAGCUGAGAUCGGCAGCCUUUAAACUUAAAAAUUAAAAUUAAAGGCUACUCUGGGGAUCUCACCUGAGUUCCUCAUUAGCAGAACCUUAAAAAACAUGUUUUCUGUAGAAAACGUAGAAAAACUCCUUUUAAAAGAGUCUAAGACACUUACCUGAUUACAGAUCGACCUCAUGGCUUUUCUCAUAGCCGGAAAGCCCCAGUUUCGCUUUUAGCACUAGACUGAACUAAUCUAAAUUUAGCUAAUCUAUUUCACCACUGAGUGAUUAAUGCUGUCUGGCUGAGGAACUCUGGGAAUUGAAGUCCACAAUAAAAUAAAAUAAUAAAAUAAAAUAUUUGUGCAGCUUUCUGAGAUUUGGUGUGUUUCUGUAGUGUUUCACUCUAACUACACAAACACACAAAGUCUCAGAAAGCUGUAUGGUAUUUUGUGUGUGUGUGUGUGUGUCAGUUGUGUGUGUGUAAAAUGUGAAAGUUGGUUUUUGAGCUUUUUGUGGCUGUGUGAAGUGUGAAGUGCAGCUGCUUUUACAUUGUGUGUGAGUCAGUUGUGUUGUGUUGUGUUGUGUGUGUGUAAAGUGUGAAAGUUGGUUUUUGGUACCUCAUUGUUUUUUUUAUACUUUGUUUAUUAUUUUUGUUAUUUAUUGUUAUUGCCCAUGCCCACCCAGUCAUCUGACCACCAAGCCACGCCCACCAAUUAAUCCAUGCCCACAGAACCGGUAGGUAAAAUUUUUAGAUUUCACCCCUGGUUUGAGCCAUCAGUUGCUGCAGCUGCUAAAAAGCCAAUGCAGUCCUAUCCUGCAUCAACAAAGGAAUAUCAUCAAGAUCACAGGAAGUGAUACUACUUUAUACUGCACUAAUGAGGCCACACUUGAAAUACUGUGUCCAGUUUUGGUCACCAUAAUACACAAUAGAUGCUGAGGCCCUAGAAAGAGUGAAGAAAAGAGCAACAGAGAUGGUAAGGGGUUCCGAGUCUAAAUCGUAUCUUUACCAAAUUGGUUCUUAGGAUAUUAGAAGCCUCAAAGUUCCUUAUGUUAAUUAUAAAAGUCAAUUUUUCUCUUGAUGCAUCCAUAGCAUAGUGCUCCUUCAUUCAAGAUCUUGUUAGCUGCGUAGUUAAAGGAUAUUAAAUUAAGACCUACAACAUGUCUCAUAUUUCUAUAAUGCUGAUAAUAAAUGUUCUUCUUCUUUUUCUUUUUUUUAUUUGAAUUUAUAUCCCGCCCUUCUCCGAAGACUCAGGGCGGCUUACAUUGUGUAAGGCAAUAGUCUCAUCCUAUUUGUAUAUUUAUAUACAAAGUCAACUUAUUGCCCCCCCAACAAUCUGGGUCCUCAUUUUACCUACCUUAUAAAGGAUGGAAGGCUGAGUCAACCUUGGAGCAUUAUCCAUAUGGCAAUCUGAAAUAAGAGUUGUGUUUUCUUUACCCUCAGUUAUAAAAGUUUUCCCAAACUGCUAUAUAUGUCUGAAGAGUCUCGUAGGUCUAUUUCAGUUUUGUUUUCAAAAAGGGAGAAAUAGUAAAGCUUUAACGAUUGUGGAGUUAGUUUUAAGGAAAAUAUAUAAAAAGACAUUUUGUUUAUUCAAGUUCAUACUCACCUGUUUAAUGGUCAAACUACCAGAUACUAAAAGAAAAAAGACUAGAAGUCUCCCAACUGAUUAGUUUUUGUAUUUUAAACUCGCAGGAGAUAGGCUGAUAUUAAGCCCCAUGGCAGAGUCUUUGCUUAAUCUUUCACGUUUCUUUCCGACAAAUUUCCUGUCAAAUCCAUCUCAAAUUGCUUUAUCUAUUAGAAGAAAAUUGCUACCGAAAAUUUUCAACAACAAAAAACAGCUAAACAAUUAUCUGCCAAACAGUGGAAAACACGUUUCGUUGAAAGAAUUAUUCAAAAACUGAAUUUAACAUGUAUCCUUUGACAAUCCUUUCAUUGUUUUUCACCCUAUUAACAGAUAAUUGAGCAGCAAAAUUUAGUUUGUGAAGGAUUGCCAUUGCAUUUUCUUACUAUGAUCUCACUUACCAUAAAGCUAGAGAACUGCUUUCCUUGAUUUUGGUUUAGCAUAACAAUGAAAAACUACUGAAUGAUGAAUAAGAUAGUAAAUAUUUUAAUAUGAAAAGAAUUUUGAAGAAUCCCGCUGUUCUGACCACUUAUAUCUAUGUUUCACUUGAUAUAUUUGAUGCCAAAUUUUGCUUAGUUCUUUUGAUUUGAUUUAAGCCACUUCUGGGACUUGCAUACUACUCCAAUUGGAAAUGUGUAUAUGCAAAGCUUUUAUAGCAUUUGAAUUUAUGAAAUUUUUAUAUCGUCUUUCAACUUGGAUAAAAAAUUAAAUAUAUUUGUUGGAGGCAUGUUCACGUUUCUGAUUUCUUUUAAUGUUAGAUGUUAAUGGAAUUCAUUUAUUAAUAGAAUACAUUUAUUAUCCAAAGUAUUUAUUUCUACAAAUAUCUGUUAAUCUUUUCAAGAUUACCAAAAUUAAUAUAUAUUAGCAAACAUCAAAGGGUGACUUUGAUACUUUUCCUGCAUUUCAAACAUGCUAUUACGUCCCUAAAUUUGGCUUUUAAAAUAACAGACCCAUAUGCCCCAGAAACUGCUACAUAGCAAUUUUUCUAUUGACAAGUCAAGAAGAAUGCUAUACCACCAGAUAACAGAUAUUUAGUAACCCAUUAAUAAAUCUUGACACUUCAGAAGUUCAGAAAUUCUAAUCAAUGAAAAUAUCAAUGUAAUAUUAAAAGAAAUUAAUCUGGCAUCCUAACCAAAUACUUGGCAAUAAUAAUGCAAUAGUGAUAUCGAAAAUAGAUGGGAUCUGCAAUUUGGUGAUUCAGUUAAUGUGUUUUUGAUUUCCAAAUAGUAUAAUAGAUACUGGCAGUGCUUAUUGUGCAGAAAACAAACUCUCAGAACUAAGAUCGUAUGAAUCAUUUUUUCCAUCCGAUGUGAUCUGUGUGCUAUAUUCAUAAUGUCCAACGAAUUCGUAAUUCUUUUGGCUGCCUAUGUCUAUGUUUGUAUGUUUAACAAAGACUAAACUAUUUUAACUUUUAUGUUUCUCUCUACUAUUUUGUUUCUAAUCUAUCAUUAAGGCAGAAAACCGAUUUUCUCUUCUUGAAAUGGCCAUCAAAAUACUAAAAUCAUGAUCCAGAUUGUCAGAAAUUAGACCCAUCUGGGGGAGACUGGAAAUUAGAUAAGUGGAGAUGAAAAUAUGGAGACGAUCGUGCAUCAAAACACAUCAUGUGGAGUCAUAAUAACCAGAUGCUCCAGGGAAGGAAGCAUAGUACAAGAUAAGGACUCUGCCCAAGACGAAAGGGGAUUUCUGUUAAUACAGUGCUGUCACAUAAGAUUAAAGGAUAUCUUCGGAAAGAUGAUUCCCACCUACAUUUUUUUCUUUAGGUUUACAGUAACAAUACAGAACAUUUUUUAAAGUUCCAUUUCGCAAUUCAUAGCGAAACUGACCUUGAUUAAAAGUUACUUUAUGUGCAACUCUGGAUUAUUUUUCUAAAUCCUUAUUUACAUUUAUAGCAUAAAAUUAUCAACUUUAUCUUUCAAAACACAAAGCUCCUCUUUUUUAUUCUUUGUACAAUAUAUAUACUUCCCAGUCUCCUCCUGUUAAAAUUAAGCCAUGAAAUAACAAAAUUCAGAAAAACAAUGUGAAAUAGAAAAUAACAGAAAUAGAAGGUAAGCAAUAAAGAAAAAGGAUACCAACUUUGUUUAUAACAAUUCCAUUCACUGUGCCUUUCCAUAUCUUUCUACCCUUAGAAAUUCUUCCCAUAUUAUUUCCCAUGAUGUUUUUGUUCUCGCCUCUUGAGUUCAUGAGUAACAUCUGACAAUGUCUUCUCCAUUCAUUCUCUUGUCGGAUGUUUUGAUCUCAUUUGAUCAUUCCCUAAAUGUUCCCUAAAUGUUGUCAACGGCAAUGGCAUCUCCCUCUCAUUUCCUAGUCAUACCUCAUCCAAUUGCAAUGAUCUAAUCUACAUUGAUUUUACUGAAGAUACCAUCAUAAGGGCACUACACAAACUAAAGCCAUCUCUAUCAUUUGAUCUCGAUGCAAUCCUGCACCUGUCAACAGUCGUGUUCCCCAAGGCAGCGUUCUAGGUCCAACACUUUCUGCUUUAUAUGAACGACCUUUGUGAUCAAAUUAUAAGCAGCUGUGUCCUCUUUGCUGAUGAUUUUAAACUAUCAACAGCACAGACAACUUUGCUACCCUUCAAAAUGACCUUGACUAUGUAUCUGAAUGGUCUAACAAUUGGCAACUCCAAAUCUCUGCUAACAAAUGUUCAGUCUUGUUGACCUACACUCUGUCAAGGACCUAGGAGUACUCAUUUCUAAAGAUCUAAGUCUCACAGCUCACUGUAACUUCAUUGCAAAAAAAGGUUUUAAGAAUUGUAAAUCCUAUUUUAUGGAAUUUUCUCUCUGGUAACACUGUACUCCAAACUAGGGCAUAUAAAACCUUUGCCAGACCUAUACUUGAUUACUGUUCACCUGCCUGGAACCCUCACUGUAUUUCAGACAUCAUUACAUUAGAGAGGGUCCAGAGAUAUUUUACUAGGAGAGUUCUCAAAUCUUCUGCUUGAAAUAAAAUUCCCUAUACUACCAGGCUUGAAAUCUUAGGUCUAGAAAGCCUCAAACUAUGUUAUCUACGUUUCGACCUAUGCUUAGUUCAUAAGAUUAUUUAUCAAAAUGUUCUACCUGUAAAUGAAUACUUUAAUUUCAACUAUAAUAAUACAAGGGCCAUCAAUAGAUUUAAACUCAAUGUAAUUUGCUCUAAUCUUAAUUGUAGGAAAUAUGACUUUUGCAAUAGAGUAGUAAAGGUCUGGAACAAUCUACCUGAUCUUGUUGUUAGUGUCUCUAAUCCCCAUACCUUUUACCGUAAACUAUCUACCGUGGACCUUUCAUGUUUUUUAAGAGGUCCCUAAGGGGGCAUGCAUAAGCGCACCAGCGUGCCUACCGUCUCUGUCCUACUGUUCCCAAUUAUAUGUAAACAUUCUAUGUGUUUAUAGCUAUGUUUUGCCAAUUUAUCUUUUUUUGUGCAAAAUUUUUUCAUGUGUCCAUGUCUGUGUCUACUCUGUUACUUGUUUUCUUG